AUGGCAGGCCAAGAGGGUGUUCUGGCUGUGUACUCCCCGAUGGCCCGUACGAAUGAGGAUUUGAUAUACUUUUGGCGUAGUUAUUUGGAUAUGAAACCUUGGAAUUACGAUCACCAUACGCACCCCAUCCCGUGGCGUGAAGAGGAGUUCGAAGCCGGUCGAUCUGGAAAGCUCAAGUAUGCUGUUCUCCGCGAUGAUGGUGUUGUGACUCCAUCACCUGCUUGUGCACGAGCGCUCGAUAGCGUUGUGAAUGUGCUCCGAGAAUCCGGCGAGGAAGUCAUCGAGUUGGAUCUUAAGGAUGUUCCUAGUCCAUACGAGGGGCUCAAGUUGGCGAGUAUCUUGCUUAACAACGAUGGAGGAAAGACUUAUGAGUCCUUCUUUACUUCUUACUUUGAAUACAAUGAUGCCGGAGUGGCGAAUCUGUCCAAGUGGUUUAAGAUGCCUUGGUUGAUUAAGAAGUUUUAUGUCUGGUGGGUUAGGUAUAUCCAGGGUGAUGAGUUAUGGGCUGGACUCGUGGACACACACUGGAGGGAGCAGACUACAGUGGAGCAGUGGAAGCUUGUUAGUCACCGGGAGGCGUAUAGAUAUAGAUGGCACAAGAUGUUUAAUGACUUGGGGAUCGAUAUGUUACUGACGGUGCCGAAUGCUACACCGGCGGUACCAGAGGAUGGAAUGGCAACAGCUGUUGCGAGCUGUGGUUAUACGUUUUUGUUUAAUCUGUUGGAUUACACUGCUGGUGUACUCCCAGUUACAAAGGUUGAUGCAACUAAGGACGCAUUACCAGCUACUUUCAAUAUCAAGAAGUUGAAUAAGAUCGCAAGGGGGGCUUAUGUUCACUACGACGCGAAGAAGAUGGUUGGGCUGCCAGUUGGUGUGCAGAUCGUUGGUAAGCGGUUGGACGAAGAGAAGGUUCUCGGUGUUAUGGAGAGAGUUGAGGCUUUGCUUGAAAAGAAGGGAGAGAAGUACGAGCUCCUAGAGGUUGAUUAA